AUGGCUACCACCACAAAACGAUCUCUUGAGCCGAACUUGCUAUCGACUCGAAAAUUCGAGCCCAGAAUCCGAUGGGCUAACUUCCCGGUUGUCUGCAUGAACCAGAGUGGUGUUGUGGUAGUAUUUUAUCAGCAUUUGCGCAAAAUCUACUUUAUUGUUGGGUCAGUAUCUGUGGAUCUAACCACUGAACGAAACUUUGGAGGAGGUACUCUUGCAAAGCACAGCUGUGAGUGGGGAAAUGUGCAACUUUACGGUGAUGGCCUAAACGUGCGAGCUGCUCUGAAUGAAAGCAAUGAGAUUGUGGUUGUUCGUAGUGGCACGUAUAGACGUCGGUGCAUGUAUCGGAGUGGUGUUGUGAGUCAAAAUGAGAGAAAUAUUAUUUGGAAAGAAGAUGACACGUUUUUCACAAAAGGUGUUAAUCCUGCUGUAGCAUUGAAGGGUUCUACUGUGAUAUUUGUUCACGAGCUUAACUUCGGCCUGUACCGAUGUUUUUACAACAUAGCGAAGAUUAGUGACGGUAGUAUACGUUUUAUUGGUACUAGAAACCAACCGCUUCCAGCCCUAGAUGAACGCAAGGAAAUAUCUCUAUCUCUGAAUGCUAGCGGUUACGUUGUAUUUUCGUGCCGGUGGUGUGUAGGUGGGAAUCUUUUCUAUGCAGUUGGGAAGUUGUCAGAUGGUGAAGACAGUAUUAAUGAUGUUGUAAGAGUGCAACAGUACGCUCAGGGUGUCUAUUCUCAUAUUUGCCUACUUGAUGACGGAAAUGUUGUGGAAGUCCAUGAGAAGUUGAUGAGCAGUUUGUGCAUGUUCAAGUUUGGACGGUUGGAUGGCAACACUAUUGCUUGGGGGGAAGACUUGGAGUUUGACUACGGCAAUAAUCCGUGCACAGCAGUAACCAAUAACUGCCAAAUGAUUGUGGUACGAGUGACAAGGCCGUACGUUGCACCUGGGGAACUUCAUUACAAGUUCGGCUUCCUGUCCGAGUCUGUUGGCCAUGCAUAGCAGCACAAACUCAACCCACCUCACUCUUCAGGAAACUUUCAUUAACUUGUCUAAAUGUGUGGCGUCAGGUGUAUGAUGCAUGUAGCUAUAAAAUAAGGACUAUUGGCUCUUCUGUGUGUAGCCAAGUAAUGUACACAUGACUUGUCAAUGACCACUUCAAGUCAAUUUCUUCAAUGAUACAUUAACUUAUGAUA